GAGACGGCUGUAGGUCGGGAAAGGUGACCUCAUCAUGUAGGGGUCCGGUCACAGAGGGGUGUAGAGGUCACGCGUCAGACUUGUGAGCGUUUUUGACAUCAUGUCUGCUGCCUUGGGGUGAAAAAACAACAACAACCCUGCACGGAUGAACUGCUGUUAAGACCUGCGAAGGGGACGCCCAGCGGGUGAGAGGAGAAGCGUCCGUCGUGGAACGAGAUGGACACUGAGGAAAGGAGGGAGGGCGAACAGGAGUAAACCUUCCAAGGGGGCGUUCAUGGGUCCUCCAAACGGUUGAGAUGCUAUGUCCAGCAAAAACCUGGCGGAUUGUGACACAGAAGAUUUGACUGACUCUAGCACUGAAAAUUACUUCUAUUUUGAUUCAUGCAGUUUGUUUGAAAAAGAAAAAGGGAAAAAGAAAUUGCAUGGCAUAGUGCUUAUAUUGGAAAAUAGCCAAGCAAACAGUGCAAGUUUCUGCAAAGAGAAUCCUUUGCUGCAAGGAGAAAAAGUAGAGUGCACUAGUAAAUUGCAAGAGGAAUUAUCACUGGAAUCCAUAUUGUUUUUCAAAUGUAAGAAUUACCGGUAUAAUACAAAUGGCCAGUCACUGAAAUCUUUUUCAAGCAAAAUAGUUCCAUUCAUAUACAGUACCUCUCAUGGAGACUAUUUGUGUUUAAAUAAAGCAACCCCUCAACAGAUCCUUACUAAAAAUUCCACUGAAGGACAAAUCAUUUAUACAGUGAAAGAAGCGUGUGCUUUUGAUAAAUUCCAUCAGAAGCAGUCAUCAGAUGGUAACUCUCUACCUCAAAAGCAAAACAAAGCUGUGCAAGUUUCUUCUACAGAAAUAAAAAUAGAGGACAAUAUUUGCUAUAAAUCUUUCAAACAAUCACCAAUAUCUACUGAGAUAAAUAAAGACCUGAAGAAACUUAAAAACUUCCUUAGUUUUGAAAGUCACUUAGUAAGUAGCCAUUCAGAAUACUCCUCAGAAUAUUCUUAUCAAAUUAACAACCAAAUUACUGAGCAAAUCUGCUCACCUUCCAAUUCAGAAGAGUCUAUUUCGUUGACAUUGGAAGCAACUUAUGUAUAUCCAGACAGUUCAUUAGAUGAAGAUUCCCAGAGGCAUGCUUUAGCUUUUCAGUUUAAAGACUCUGAACAUAACCCACUGUUUAAGAAGUUGCAUCUUAUUAUAGUGCCACGAAAAGAGGCCAUACAUUUUAAAAAGCAGGGAGAACUUUCUCAAAUUCUAAUCGAUGAAGCCAAUUAUCUUCUAGCAACUCACUCAGAUCCACGAGAAUCUAGUUCUUCCAAUGAAUAUUCUGAUCAAGCAUUACCUACAUCAAAUCUUUGGUCCUCAUAUUCAUGCUUCCCACACUUCAAAUAUUCACAGGCAAAUCAGCUACCUAACUUUUUUCUUCAGUCAUCACCCCAAAAUCCAGUUAAAUCUGCUUUUCAAAAAAGAAAACUAGAAGUGUCCAAGCCUGUAAAAUCAGUUGUGUUUACCAAACAGAAAACAUUGCAAAGAGACCAAAAAUAUAAAAGUAAGCCAUCUAUCUUCUCCAAAUUUCAUUCAUUUAAAAGAUUGGACUUUGAACCUAUAGACAAAAAUAGAGUAAAAGAACAAUAUGUGUCUCUAAAUCAGACAUCUAAAUGCCAUUGCAGCCCAUUGCUUGACUUAACUGUUGAUUUGCAUUCUGAAGACAAAAAUUCUGAAAUUUUUUUAACUCGUGACAGAAGUUCUCACAAACAAACUCGAGUUGGCAAAGUCAUCCAUAGAUUUUCCUCUUGUUAUUUGCUAAGUCCUAAAAACAGUUUUGAAAGGCUUCACUAUAUUUCUCCAAUUAGAAAAAAAAAUCAUUUGAAGAUGCAAAACAUACUGAAUUAUUUUUUAGGCUGGACUGGCAGACAGAACAGAGAUGAAAAAUUUAAAGAGGAUAUUUCUCUGACUUCAAAGAUACAGGCAAAUGAUACUUUUAUUUCACAUAUGCCAGUUGACAAAAGGAGUUCAACUGUUCCACUUCAUCCACAUUCAGAUAAUUAUUCUGUUCCAUUUCCUACAACAUUAUCUUUUGUAGAUGAGAUGAGACAUUCACAUGUUCCUUCUCUGCAAACAGAGAGAAGGAGUCCUAGAGCAUUGCACAUUUUUCCAAAUGAAUGUAAGCAUUCAUCUGCUCCCUGUGUGGAAAUGAAGAGGGAUCUUUGGAGUCCUGUGGAAUCUUAUGGUAAAUACAGCACCUGCCAUUCCCCUUGUGAAAAUUCUAAAACACAACUGCUACCAAAUAAAUUAAAUGUGUGUAAUAAUAGAAGUAUGGAAAAACUGAACUUUGGAAUUAAUCAGAUAGCAGAUGGAAGUUUGGUCCUGAAGAAGUUUUCAGUGUGCUCCUGUGGAACUAUGUCACAAAGUGGUUUGUUUCCUAACAACAAUAUUUCAGAGUCGGGUAGAAGAAAAACUAGACCAACUCCAGAUAGUAAUUGGAAAGCUAAUAAGUCUGCCUCAAACAGAUGGAAUUCCACUGCAGGAACCUUCAACACAGAGAAAGUGUGCUGUGAUUGUCACCAUGUCUCUCCAACAUGUUCUUCGCACAAUUCAUGCAAACAGAAAGCUCCAAGAAACCAGGUUACUGAAGUAGCAUCUUUAUUUGAAAAUGGAUUUCCCAUAAGGAAUUUGAAAGAGGAUGUGAAAAAAAGUGAAACAGUGAAAAUAGGUGAAAGAAAAGUCAAAUUUCAUCUAGGUUCAGAUUUACAAGAGGCUGAUCUUUUAACCACACACAUUUCAUCACCAACUAAUGAAUGUCAUCAAAUACCAAAACAUUUCGUUUAUCAACCUGAAUGUUCAUGCUGCCAGACUGCUGUUAAAGAACAUCUCAGCACAUCAAAAGUGUCUAAUUAUCUUGGUUCAGAAAACCACAUGCCAAAGAACUAUCUCAAUAGAGAGAGUAUAUUUCUAGUGGAUCCUAAUCGGCAAAUUAAAAGGCAGUGUAAAUGUUCCCAUGAAAUCUCUCUCUUCAAGCCUGAGCAAAUUGAUGUAUAUUCAGGAAACAGAUCUGAGAUUUCAAAAAGGAAGGAUCCCAAACUUACCCAGGAGUCUUUGAAGUUUAAUCAUGGUUGGAAGAGAUCUGAACAAUGUAAAUACUGCCAAGAAAAAAAUUAAUGCAGUCAUUUGCAGUAAGAAAAAGAUUAUUUAAAAAUAAUGAAAUGUUGGUAAAUCUUGAUAUGAACUUCGGAGAAAAUCCAUUGAA